AGUAGUUCCCACCGCCCCUGCCUCCACAACUCCCAGUUGAUCCGAGAUCGCAUCGCGCCGCAUCGCAUCUAGAGCCUGUCCUGUCGAAGAACGCUCUCGUCUCCCGGUGACUGCAGCAAACUCAAUUCGCAUUGGGGGUGCUAUGGGAGCUUAACACCCGACACGCCUUCUCCCCCCCCCCCCGCCAACUUCCCGAGCGUCGGCCUGUCGGAGUUGCGGGGCACCCGUUUCCCUUCUGCUUCCCCUCCACAUCAAGGCCGCUCUCACUCUCCAACAUCGCCCGCGACGUGCGCUUCCUCUCCUUUGCCUUGCCACGCUGCUCCUGGAUACGUACAUACUCCCGGACUCGUCCGUCGCCCAUUCAUCCGCAGCCACAGAGAGAUAGGCGGGCUAGACAUUGCCCAUCAUGGGUCUCCUUGCGCUCGGAACCGCGCUCGAAUGGCCCGAGGCGAAGAAGCGCGCCCACCAAGUGAGGGAAUGGGGCAUUAAGCAACUGCUCGAGAUCUGGAACAAGGCAAAGGGCAAGGAGCGGGAUGCCCUACUCUGGGGCGAUGAGGUCGAGUACUUGGUCGUCACCUAUACCAAGGACGAACAAAAGGUCCUCUUGUCUUUGCGCCAGGCCGAGAUCCUCAAAGCUCUUGCCACCGAUACAGAACUGGCCAAGGACGGCUGCUGCGUGCCCGCCCUGCAGGAUGAUGAGCCCGCGGCCAAACCCAAAACAGGCUCCCUCCCCGUCUUUCACCCCGAAUUCGGAAGGUUCAUGCUCGAAGCCACCCCCGGGAAGCCAUGGGGCAUCGGCUUCAGGGAGCUGCUCGAUGUUGAGCCCGACAUGAAGCUCCGGCGAAAGAUUGCCAAGGAGCAUAUGCUGUCCAGCGAGUAUCCUAUCACGCUGACCACCUUCCCGCGCAUCGGAAGCCCCGGCCAGUUCACGUUUCCCUACUACCCGCCCUCGGGACCCAGGUUGCGCUCCCAGUUCGUCCCAGAUGAGAUCGCCAACCCCCAUAUCCGCUUUCCCACCUUGGCCGCAAACAUCCGAUGGCGCCGGGGCCGCAAGGUCCAGGUCAAUGUGCCCGUCUUUCAUGAUACCAACACGCCGAGGCCCUGGGUAGACCCCACGGUCAACCGCGACCUGCACAACUGGCCCGAGGACGACGACGAGCGCAACGGCGCCGCCCCCGACGACUACAUCCACAUGGACGCCAUGGCCUUUGGCAUGGGUAGCUGCUGCCUUCAGAUUACGUUCCAAGCCAAGAACAUCACCGAGGGCCGGCAACUGUACGAUCAGUUGAGCCCCCUGGGCCCAAUCAUGCUGGCUCUGACCGCAGCCACACCCAUCUACAAAGGGUUCCUGGCCAAUACCGACGUGCGGUGGAAUCAGAUCAGCAGAGCUGUCGACUGCAGAACCCCCGAAGAGUUGGGCGAAAAGCCCCUGAAAAAUGACCGAUGGAGGAUCCCCAAGUCUCGCUACGCAUCCAACUCGACCUACAUCUCCACCGAUCCACGUCUCAGGCCCGAGUACAUGGAUCCAGAUCUCGUCAUCGACCCGGAAAUCAAGGCCAAGCUCGUCGAGGGCGGGAUGGAUGACCUGCUCGCCACACACUUUGCACACCUAUUCAUCAGAGAUCCCAUUGUCAUCUUCGAGGAGGACCUCCAGGAGCUGGACCUGAACAAGACGGAUCACUUCGAGAACAUCCAGUCGACGAAUUGGCAGCACAUGCGGUUCAAGCCACCGCCUGCGGAGAACAACAUCGGCUGGAGAGUCGAGUUCCGACCCAUGGAGAUCCAGGUCACCGACUUUGAGAACGCCGCCUUCUCCGUCUUCAUGGUGCUCGUCACGCGGGCUAUCCUGUCCUUUGAUCUCAACUUCUACAUCCCCAUCAAAAAGGUCGACGACAACAUGGAGCGCGCCCACGCCGUCGACGCCGUCCUGAAGGAAAAGUUUUACUUCCGAAAGAACCCCUUCCCACUGCGGCCCUCGCGCGCCAACACCGUCUUCGGCGACGAGUCUCGGCCAGGCUCCGCCAUGCCCAGCCGACCUGGCUCUCCCGGCCUGCCCAUCGACGAGGAGUACGAGGAGAUGACCAUCGACGAGAUUGUCAACGGCUCUCCCACGGGCGACUUUCCCGGCCUUAUCCCAAUCGUCGAGAGCUACCUGGACAGUGUCAACGUCGACGUCGAAACGCGGUGCCAGCUCGCCACGUACCUGAGCCUUAUCAGCAAGCGCGCCAGCGGCGAGCUCGACACGGCGGCGCGCUGGAUUCGCAACUUUGUCGACGCUCACCCGGCGUACAACCAUGACAGCGUAGUCGACGAGGCCAUCACCCACGACCUCAUCGGCGCCGUCAUCGCCGUCGGCGAGCGCGAGGCCGCUGGCCAGAACUUUGCCGGCCUCGGCAUCCACGGGCUCCCGAGGCUGCUGGGGCGUUUUCGCGGCGGCUGUGGGCAGGACGGGCCCAAUGGGGAUAUCAACGGCGUGAGCGACGAUGUUGCCAACGAUGCUGAUGCCGAUCGCGAGAACGGCGGUUCUCGCAAGCGCAAGAGCGACUGGCUCGACGGAGACGCCGCCCAUCCGGGGUCGUCGUCGUGAGCGAGACCCGAGUACGACGACGGAGGAGCUGUAGUUGAAGAACACACAACAUGAGCCCGCAACGGGACCGUGAAGGAGGGAGCCCAAAGCGCUCCGCUCAAUCGCCACGUGCCGAUGCGCCUCCCCCCUCCUGUUGAUCUUGGCACGGGGACAUGCUUUUGCAAUGCGCCUAUAUGCCCGGUGUACAUGGCCACUGAAUGGACGCCCCCUUUGUCCUCGCCCUUGGGGAUACUCACAGUGCCAACUUGGAGCUCGGGGUCGUUCGACUCAAAAAGCUGCCGGUAGUGGGCUGUCCAAAGGCUGUAGAGGACCGAUCCGCGGGCUCGAUGCACCCGUAUCAUGGCCGUCAAGCGAAGCGCUGGCUGGGCGCGAGGAGGAGGAGGGGACCAGCUGGUUGGGACGCGGCUGAUCGAGGCAACUCGCCUGCGUGCUCUACAUUGCAGGCCGCACAACAGCGGCGAGACAUGACUCCAUAGUCGUCGGCACGUCCUUUUUUAUUUGAGUUGUUUCUUGUUCUUUUUCCUCCCCCCCCCCCGUGGUGCAUGUGUUUGAAGAAACCCAAAAAAAAGGGGGGGGGGGGGGGGGUUAACCCAGGGUAGGACACAAGGAACAAGCAGGCAGGGGUGAGCCAGCGAUGCAGUUGCAUGGCAAAGUGCCCCAGGCCUUCGAGUUCGGGCGCUUAAUCUAUGAGACCACCGUAAACGACAUAUGUUUUUGGUCCAAGCGUAAAUGACGUCCAGCACGUGUACAUACAGACAACGCAGAAGA